AUGUACUCAUCUUACCUCCGGCGCUGCUCAGCAUUUCUUCGCCGGGCGAACAAGUUCAAGCAGCGCAUCCCGCUAAUCAACCAGCUGCACCUCAACUUCAUCUUCCUCCAUUAUACCUAUAUCAUCUCAUGGGUCCUCGUCGGCUCCAUUAUUGUCUACCCCGGUAACAACAUCGCCUAUAUCGAUGCCCUCUUCCUCUCGGCGGGCGCCGCCACUCAGAGUGGGCUGAACACAGUCAACUUAAAUGAAUUGCGCCUGUACCAGCAAAUUGUACUCUAUAUGAUAACAAUGUUCUGCACUCCAAUCCUUAUCAACAGCGCCUUGGUCUUCAUUCGUCUCUACUGGUUCGAAAAGCGAUUCCAGCACGUGGUCCGUGAUGCGCGCGCCUUGCGUUCGACCCGUUCCCGCAUGGACACAACCAGCCGAGGAAAGGACAGUGACGAGAUCAAUCGUGCCGAGCGCGGAGUCAGCGGUCGCUCCAUCGUCGUGCUGCGGGACGGCUCAGGCGAUGCGCGAGGCGACCGACUCCCCGAUCCCACGCGCAAGUCAGUCAACGAUGCGCAAUCCGAGACCGAAAGCCCUGGUCACGAUGCGAGCGGCCAAUCCAGUAGCGACGACGAUCGGAUGGAACGCCGAUUUGGCUUGGGCAGUUUGAGAGUGCCGACGCAACUUAAUCCGGAACAACACAUCGCGUUCUUGGAAAAUCAGAGGAAGAACACAGGUGCCCUGCGCAUCCCCAGUCCUCGCGAGUACGACCGCGGUGGUGUCCCCGAAACUUUGGACGAUGGGGAGGAUGAGAGGCCUGACCCAGUCCAGCCUUCGAGUCCCCAAUCCGAUAGUCGGCGCAGCUCUACGCAUUCGGACGAAAACGACCACGUCCCUCCCCUGGAGCCGCCACACAUCACCAUCAAUGAGCCCGAAUUUCCCAGAACGCGCACCCGUGGAAGUAUAUUUCCCCGCUUGGAUACAAGACCUACUGUGCGAGACACCAAGGAGGUAAACGAGACGACCGGAGGAUUGAGUAACGCAGGCACGCGGAACACAGUCCGGGGCAUUUGGCGGUCGCUGACCCAGGAGAGAGACCACACAACCCAGCCGUAUCUCAGCUGGAAUGCGACGGUGGCUCGAAACUCCAACUUUGUCGAUCUGACCGAGGAGCAGCGUGAUGAGUUGGGCGGCAUUGAAUACCGCGCGCUGAAAACCCUGGCGGUCGUGCUGAUCUCUUACUAUGUUGGGUUCCACAUCUUCGGCAUCUUGUGCCUGGUCCCCUGGAUCGUUUCAGAGAACGAUCCGUGGGGUAACACAGUCAAGGCCGAUGGCGUUGGACGGCCCUGGUGGGGAAUCUUCACUUCUGGCUCUGCUUUCAACAACUUGGGCUUUACCCUGACCCCGGACUCGAUGUACUCCUUCCAGAGGGCUAUUUUCCCUUUGCUGAUCAUGUCGUUCUUGAUCAUUAUUGGCAAUACUGCAUUCCCGUGUAUGCUUCGUUUGGUCAUUUGGACUCUCUCCAAAUUUGCUCCUCAGGGCACGGCUCUUUGGGAAGAGCUCAAGUUCCUGCUUGAUCACCCUCGUCGUUGUUUUACCCUCUUAUUCCCUCGAAAUGCCACCUGGUGGCUGUUUGCCAUUCUUGUCGCCUUGAAUGGCAUUGAUGUGAUCUUUUUCAUCAUUCUGGACUUGAACGACCCGACUGUGACUGCCCUUCCCCCCGGUAUCCGAGUCCUGGACGGCUUUUUCCAGGCCGCAUCUACUCGUACUGCAGGUUUCGGUAUCGUGAGUUUGUCGGACCUGCACCCCGCUAUUCAAGUCUCAUACUUGAUCAUGAUGUACAUUUCCGUUUUCCCAAUUGCCAUCUCUAUGCGUCGCACAAACGUAUACGAGGAAAAAAGUCUGGGUAUAUACGGCCCCGGUGACGAAGACAACGCCGACGACGAAGAUGACCAGACAGCACCCAGCUACAUUGGAGCUCACUUGCGACGCCAACUGAGUUUCGAUUUGUGGUAUGUGUUUCUGGGAUUGUUUGUCAUCGCCAUCGCGGAAGGACCUCGCUUGGAGGUCACCAGUGACUCUGGUUUCCAGCUCUUCACCGUCCUGUUUGAGGUUGUCUCUGCCUACGGUACUGUCGGUCUGUCCUUUGGGUACCCUGGUGUUGACACCUCUUUCUCCGGCCAAUUCAACGUGGUGUCCAAACUGGUGAUCAUUGCCAUGCAAAUCCGUGGCCGCCACCGUGGCCUGCCGUACUCACUAGAUCGCGCCGUCCUGUUACCUUCCGACGCUCUCAACAGGCGCGAGGCUGCUGAUGCUGAUCGUCGCAUGCGCCGACGUACCUCGAAUCUCAGCGGUGGCGAGUCCAUGGGUCGUCCUCGGUCCCGGUCCAUGUCCAUGGGACGUGACGUUGGCAUGGCUACCGCCACGGAAGGCUAUGACUGGCAAACUCAACAGCCCCAGGGUAAUGGCGACGUGUUCCAUCGAUCCUCAACCGUGCGCUCCGGUCGUUAG